AUGCCUGUACGACCCAAUUCUGGGAGAACAAUACCUCCAGAUCCAGCAUCGCCAGUGACAGCUCCAAAUGGAUUAGUUCCAGCACCAGUGCCUGUACCACCACCACCUGCUGUUGUUGCAUUCAAGAAGGGUUCUUGGACAUUUUCAUACAUGCGUCUGAGCAUGUUGAAUCCCUCGGGAGAAGAUUCAAUGUUACUCAUUGCCCUGUCUGUGUUCCGCAUCAUCUCACACAUCAACUCGGGAUCAUUAAGAACGUGGGCAAGCUCAGGGUUCCGGUCAAUUAUCUCACGCAUCCGAGGGUUACUCAUAAUUAAACUGCGUAUAAUCUCUGGGUUGUUCGUUAAGCUUUGCAUAGCAGGAAGUCCACUUCCAAAUAAGCCCGAUGGUCCGGUGCCCCCAAAUGCUCCCAAGCCAAGCCCUGGAAAUAAGGGUGCACCUGUAUUGACUACUCCAACACCCACAGGAACUGAGCCACCACCUGGAGGAACAGCUGGAUUGUUGGUGUUUCCAGCAGUGGUGGAACAGAUGCUGGAGGAGGGGCAGCUGGCGCAUAACCACGAACCAUAUAAACAGUGUGAUCUGCUUGCAAACCUACCAAGCACGCUCAAUAAAACAAAGAUAAAAAAUCCCCUCACGAUUCCAACAGCAAGCACGUCGCAGUUCUGUCCCAAUACACCUUUAAAUUCCGCCACCGACAAUUCGAGGCUCGUUUUCACUGAGAAUUUAGAGUCGUUUGAGCCUCGAAUGUUAACAUUCACUUCUUCAGCCCCCUCAACGCCCAAGCUGGACCCAACCUCUGCUCCC